AUGGAGUCCUUGAAGAAAGCGACAGGAAUGUCGGCUCCCGAGCACACGGAUGAACAGAAGAAACAAUUUUAUGACAAUCUCUCCGAUGACCAAAAACAAAAACAAACAUAUACGGAAUGGGUAAAGGAGGCAUACAACGAUCAAUAUGAGAAGUGGAUGCCAUGGAUUGAAGACCAAUAUUUGAAAUGGUUUGGGAAAGGGGACAACAAGGCAUCAUAUGUAACAAAAGAUACACUCAACAAAACCAAAGUCACCGGCGUCUCACAGAUCGACCAAAUUCAAGACGACGUGCAUAAUCUUGUCGGUAAUCAACUCGGAGAGAAUGGUCUAUUGGCCCCCGUCGGAAACCUGGCUGGGAAGGAAGGUAUCAACAGAAUGGAGCGCAAAGGAAAAGACGAAGAUGGUUCAUACGGUGGUCCUACGUCAGCCUUCACGGAUCCAGUUAUUAGAAAUGCAAAAGAUGUUGGGCAAGGAGUUGUGGGCGGCGCACAGAAUGCUAGUUCUGGCCUGGCGGAUGGUGCAAAGAGUGCAGGUGGAUAUGUUGGGGGUAUUUUUGGGGGUGGGCAGAAGCAAGGUCCAAAAGAGGAGCAGAUGGGAAACUAA